AUGGAUCUUCUAUUAGUCCUACCUGGCUUUGUAACGAAACCCUUUGCACAUAUCCUUCCUCCUCUCGAACGAGCUAAAAUCACCACUGUCGACCUGAUCACCCUCGACUCUCUCGAGAUCGCGAAACGUGCCCGCGUACCUCCCGCAGACAUUCGCCGCCUCUCCUCCCGCAUCAUUGAGGCAUUGCACACAGAUGUUGGCUUUGAGAAGUCGCAGACAGACACAGGGACCAGCGAUGGACCCAGCUCCAGUAUAAACCCUGAUGUAGCGAGCAGGACAAUCUCGACAAAGCGCACGUCACAAUGGAGCACUAUAAGCACCCUUGACCCUGGCAUGGAUGCACUCCUAGAGGGUGGAAUUCCGACCGGUUAUGUCACAGAAGUUACAGGCGAGAGUGGAAGCGGCAAGACCCAGUUCCUUCUAAGCCUCUGUCUAGCCGUCCAGCUACCCAAACCACAGGGGUUACGACGACGUGCCAUAUACAUAUCGACAGAACACCCACUAUCUACGCCACGACUCUCACAGCUCCUAGAAUGUCAUCCUAUCCUCUCAACACUCCCCGCGGAGCAGGCGCCCUCGCUGCAGGAUAUCCUAUCCAUCAACGCCAUGGACUUGGAGACACAAGACCACAUCUUGAAUUUCCAUCUUCCUGUCGCCAUCGAACGUUAUAACAUCGGCCUGGUCAUCAUCGAUUCAAUAACAUCCAAUUACCGCGCUGAACACGCAUCAAACAGCAUCCAAGCCCUCACCAAACGAUCAUCCCAGCUCGCAAAACUAGGCCAUCUACUACGCAACCUCGCUGUAAAGGAAGACAUUGCCAUCGUGCUCGCGAACCAAGUCUCCGACCGUUUCGAGCCUAUAAAAAGCACCGAGCCAACUCCACGGCCAGGGUUAUCCAUCGCAAACCAAACAACAGAUCCUACUAGAAAUAGCCAGCAGCCACCACCCUCUUCCUCCGCUAUCUCCUCGUCACCAUACCACGCCCCACACGAUAAAAACUUCGACGGCUCGUACCUAAUUGCCCCUCGAGUACGCAAUAGCAUGCUGAACGUGGCUCACCAGGAGCGCUUCUACUCUGGCUGGGGGGAUGGUGCGUACCCAGAGAGCGGAUCUCUGAAGAAUCCAGCCCUGGGAUUCGUCUGGUCAACGCAGAUCGCCUGUCGAAUCGCAUUGAAAAAGGAAGAUUCCCACGCUGUAGCUGUUUCCGUGGACGAUCAUGCGUAUGCGUCCACACAGGAAGCAUCGCAGUUCCAAAACGGAGGAAAUACAAACACCUAUCGAGAUCCGGACUCAAUAGCAAUGCCUGCCCCCUCUCUCAAGAACAGAGUCUCUGACUCGCAGAACCACCAGCACAUUCCGAGUUCUGAAUCCACCACACGGAGGACCAUGAAACUGGUGUUCUCGCCGUGGACGGCAGGUCCCAAGGAUACACCGAGAAACGGCCAACCAAGUAGAAGAAGUGGUGAGGUAGAGUUUGAAAUCUGGAAAGGUGGCCUGAGAAGUACGAGUCAUGGUGAUUGA